AUUCCCCCGUCCCUCCUUUCCCUCCUCUUGGCCAGGUCGGGAUACACUCUCUAUGUACUGCACGGUUUUAGUGAAACGGAGAAUAGCUGGUACCCAAAACCGGCGGGAAAAAAGCGGGUACAUACUCACUCCCUUCGCGCUGACUCAUCUAUCGACUUCCAGGUGAUUCAAAGUCGGACCAAAUAUGAAGUCAACGACAACAACUUCGAGAAAAACGAACGAGAUUAUGAGGUUGGAUUUACAGCAAGCGGGAGCAGUUACUGGAUAGGCAACGAAAAUCUUCAUGCACUUACGAGUUUUCCGAACAACCAACAAUCUCUCAGAAUCGAACUGACAAGAACAGGACAAACAAAACCGACAGUUGUGCUCUAUCACAAAUUUCAUGUUGGCUCCAAAGAGGAGAAGUACAAGCUGACCAUCGACGAAUACGAGGGUCCUGACGGUUACGACGCGUUGUCCUACCACAGCGGAGAGAAGUUCACCAUCAAGAAGAGCAUGACACAGACACCCGACAAAGACAAGUGCUCCGCAAGACUAAGUGGUGGCUGGUGGUUCAAGGAAUGCAACGGGGCAAAUCUUAAUGGACGUAAAUUCACCUACACUUCGCCAACAAAGGCUCUCGGUAUUACUUGGCACAUCAAAGGCCAAGAAGAAUCCUACUAUUAUCCCUAUGACAGUGUGGAGAUGAAGAUCAGGGACUACGACUAUGGUUUCUGCACGGGCGCUUUUAAAUCCAAACGCAUCUAA